AUGCCCGGCGUCAUCAUGGACAAUGUCAACACUGAGGGAUCUGUACGAAGGCCGGCUUCCAAUGAGACUGUCAAUGGCGUAUCUGGAUCAUAUGGAAACCAUGAGAAGUCCGGCCAAAAUCCUGCUGCUAUGAACGGGCCGGUCCUGGUAAAUGGCGCAGGAAGGGGACUCGAUGCUCUGAGCCAGCAAUCAAAGAUGCCUAUCCGUAAUGCUGGAGAUAUUGACUCAACACCAUUUGAAAUCCCUCAUAUUUCGGAAGGGUUCUUCCCGUUUGGUACCCUGAUCAAUCGAGCCGUGCAGCUAUGUUGGAACGAACUUUCAGAGUUAAUCACUGAGUUGGCUGCAAUUCAAGUGCCCCAUGACCCGUCCUCUGCAUUGACAAAUGGGAAAACCCCCGGCAAUCAGUCCUCGGAAAAUGUGCACAAGAAGUUACGCAUCCUUGAUUUCGCCUAUGCUAAAAGGGCCGAGUUCAUCAAGCUUCUGGUUCUCUCUCAGUGGAGCCGGCAGGCUGCGGAAGUCAGCCGACUGAUUGAUAUUCAAGGCUUCAUACGUACACGGCAUCACGCAUAUACCUUAGCGGUCCAGGCUAUGGGUGAUAUGAAGCGAGAUCUGGUCCGGGCGCAAGUCGCCAACCCAGACCUGAAGACUGCUCUCGAGGUUCUCUCGAAGGGCCGGGUUGAAUCUCUACCAGAUUUCGGCUACAAGCCCCCAAAACCAUUGACAGCGAAAUCCACACUCAAAAAAUUGCGCAAAAUCAAUCGCAUCAUCAGCGUGCGAUUAGCAGUAUACGACGAAGUACCUCAUGCCUUGCGCAAUUACCGAAUCCACGAUGGACGGGUUACAUUUACAGUUCCUGGGGAAUUCGAGCUUGAUCUUGCCGUCGCAGAGCAGACGAAUACUUCACAGUUUUUCUUCGUGGAUAUCCGAUUCCUUUUCUCCCCUUCUUCUAAAAUUCCGAAAGGCCGAAUUUUCAACGAGCUUGAUGCCAAGGUCAACGGAAUCCUUCACAGCGAUGGCUUAUCGGGAUGCUUUGAUUUCCUCCACGGCCUGGUCCUCACUAAUAAAAUAAGUACCCUGCAUCGACAGGCUAUAGACCUUGCAAGAGGUGUUUGGUCAGAUUCUUUGCGUAUUGAGCUGCUUCAUCGGAUACUGGUCGUCCAGUAUUGGUCGUCCAGGGCCGGUCCUAAAAGCUGGAUAGAGAUCGGUGUUCAACGAGGCGUUCGAGGCCGUGCCAAUGGAAACAAGAACCAAGUUCCAUAUCUCGGUAUUCGCUGGGUCAGAGACGGCCAAAAGGUCAACAGCGAUAACAUCAGUUUCGACUCGACUGUGCUCUCGCUUGAACAAGUUCUACGGAGCGUCAUCGCACUACACACAUCACACCUUCUCGCUACCGCUUUCAACACCCUCAAGAAGAACCUACUUUUCGCUAGUCAUACACUAUCACUCCGUGCUCAAUUAUCGAAAACAGAGCCAAGCGACUGUCACCUGGACAUGCAGCUGACAGCUUCACGGUCUCUCAGAGUUUCUGCUGAGCCUUUGUCAGGAGCAAUUGCUUUGUCUGGUCCAUCCAGCGCCCUGGAGCGACCAGACCUUGAGCGACAGCACAAGUCUGCGAUUGAUGAAUUGCUCACACGGGUUACUCGAUUGAGAUGUCACACUGCAGUGAACCAGAUUGAAUUAGGCAUCAAGCCACUUGGCCUUGAAAGCAUCACCCAGAGAGGCCUAGGGGUCAACGUCGGCCGUCUUUUCCCGCAAAACACCUUGCGCUCUGCCUUUUUCGCUCAUCAGUCAUGGGAUCGCCGCUGGGUUGUUGCUGCGACAAGCAGUAUGGAUGGCGAUAAAUGGUGGCUAGUCCAUAUCCUUGCCCGACAAACAGACCCGACACGUCCCUUACCACUGUCGCAUUUCAUGAAAGACUCAGCACAAGCCCAUCCUAUCAGCAACAACUUGAUGCCCUCCCGAAAUUUUGACUAUUCCACUUGCUCGGAACUCGUGCAUUCCCUCUCAGGGAUUUUGGCAAUCUACGCCAAUGCCCAGUGCUUGGCUGACUUGCCAGGGGCCCAGUUCCACCCACCACUGAAACAACUGAGAUUAGGGCCGAAGCUCGAAGUCCCAGACCUCGUAUUCAGCUACAAGGCCAACGCUAUUCCAGCAGUGUUCCGACUCGCCUUGCCUCCGGCGUUGCAGAAAGGAUCCUACUUGCGAGACUCGGUGCGCCUUUCUUUCAAGGGGAUCGAUCGCCAGACCCACUCGGCCAUUUUGGUUGCGUACGGUUCUUUUAGAUUCUGUAUCAAAUCCCUCCUCCCUCUUAUCUCUAGCACAGAUCUAUCGCUCGUCGUACAAGACAAGGGCUCCGGUUUCGCAAUCCGUUUGCUUGUCCCUGUUGGCCAGGCUGUGCUUAUUCCUCUUCUUGAACGUCUUCAACGUCUGGACUGCGUCAUCUACAUACUCCAGUCUCUCCUCCAGAGAGGAAUGCAGCCUCGAUCGUUAUCGCUAUCGCGGAUCGCGUUCUCAUACGGCCAGAAUCAGACCCAUUCAGCCCGGCUCAGCAUCAAUGUUUCAGAGCCGCCACCAUCGGCCUAUGCUGAGGUCAGAGCUGUUCUAUCAAACCACAACCCGCUCUUCCGCCUAGGCUUGAGGAUAGACUUCGAAAGUCCCAGCCCUCAUCGUCGUAUUCAAGAAUCACUCACCGUGGCUCUAAAUGACCGAUUCUCUGAAUCCGGCGUCGAGGCUGCCUUCGGCUCUAUAACGGAAACAUUCCCGCUUCUGCAUAGCCUGGAACAAAUCACCAAGCCGGUCCAGCCAACCUCGUCCGUGAUACAAGUCAUUGUGCGAAGCCCAACGGUCUUCCACAUCCACUAUGCCCAGAAAGCGCGGUUCCGAUUAUCUUUGAGGCCAAGACAUGGGCGCACUGUGUGGUUGCUGGAAAAUUUCCAGCCUGGCGCCAGUCGAGGUCAAAGUCAAGGCCAAGGCCAAGGGCUAGGCCAGAGUCAAAUUCGAACCACGGUGUGGGAACAGGUUUACAAUUCCCAGGGUGAUGGUUGGCAAGGCCUUGGUGACGGUGCCCUUUCAUCAACGGAAAAGGUCGGAAAUCUUCUUGCAAAGUUACAUGAAUGUCUUAGUUCCUGUGCGCCCGAGCCCGAGCCCAAGCCCGAACCCGCGAAGCAAGAAAAUAUGCAACAAUUCGGCAUGGUAGAGCAACCACCAGCGCCUGUGCCACCCGCCCCGAAACAGAGGACGAAGCCUGAGAUGACCUUGAACUUGAGCAACUUGAAGACACAGGCACAGGUACAACAAGUACAGGCACCGCCGCCGCCGCAGCAGCAGAAUAAUGGCGCUCCAGGAAAUGCCGAUAUCAUCACGAUCGACUAG